AUGUUCGAGGCCUACACCGACAUGUGGAUGGCAUACAACAUGGCCUUCAUCUACACGAUGGCGAGUCUUGUUACAGACGAUGUGGCAACACGUGUUGCACGCCGAGACGUGACAAACUUCUUCAGCCCCCAAGACUGCAUCAACUUUCUUCGCUUCACACAGCCGCAGAUCAUGCUUAUGCUGGAUCUUCUCUUGAUCCCUGCGUUCAUCCGAACCGACUGUGGGUUUGCCGUGAGUGGGCGAGAGGCUCUUUGCGUGCUACUGUAUCGCCUGGCGUUUCCAUGCCGUCUGAAAGACAUGCGCUUGGUUUUCGGGUUGAGCGAGUCGUGCAUCAGCGAAACGUUCAAUUGGAUGCUGCACUUCCUCGACUUCAAAUGGGGCUGGCUGCUCUCCCUCGACGUGGAGCGACUGAAGCCGAGGUUGGUGGAGUUCGCCGAAGCCAUCUACAACGCGGAUUGCCCUCUCACACACUGCUGGGGCUUCAUCGACGGAACCGUCCGCGGCAUUGCGAGGCCCGUGCGCUUCCAACGAUGGUACUACAACGGCCACAAGAGGAAGCAUGCCAUCAAGUUUCAAGGCGUGAUUACCCCUGAUGGACUCUUCGUCGACAUGUGGGGCCCUGUGCUUGGCACACGUCAUGACAGCUACUUGCUUGCGCAGUCUGGACUGAUGCAGAAGCUGGCAACACACUUUAACAGCCCUUCUGGCCACCCGUACUGCCUGUAUGGAGACCCGGCAUACGGUUUAAGCGACCAUCUCGCCUGCCCUUUUAGUGCCUCAUCCCACGGUCCACUUACGCCCGAUAUGGCCGACUUCAACCAGCGUAUGAGCCACUGCAGGGUGGCCGUGGAGUGGGGCUUCAAGGAGAUGACGAGCAAGUGGACGUUUGUAGACAUGAAGCCGCAGCAGAAGUACCUGUUGAGCCCGGUAGGCAAGCAGUACCGAGUGGCUACCCUGCUCUCCAACAUACACUCUUGCCUCAACGGAGGCAACCAGAUUUCGCAGUUCUUUGACGUGCAGCCGCCCACCCUCCAGGAAUACCUCAAGGUGUAG